GCCAGGCGAUCUCAAACCCCAGCUGUCAGAGCCAGGACACCGAGUCAGCCCGGACUUGCUCUUUUUGUCUUCUUCAGACCACACCAUGGGGCUCAGCGACGGGGAAUGGCAGUUGGUGCUGAACGUCUGGGGGAAGGUAGAGGCUGACCUCGCGGGCCAUGGGCAGGAGGUCCUCAUCAGGCUCUUCAAGGGCCACCCCGAGACCCUGGAGAAGUUCGACAAGUUCAAGCACCUGAAGUCAGAGGAUGAGAUGAAGGGUUCUGAGGACCUGAAGAAGCAUGGCAACACGGUGUUCACUGCCCUGGGGGGCAUCCUCAAGAAGAAGGGGCAGCACGAGGCGGAGCUGAAGCCCCUGGCUCAGUCACAUGCCACCAAGCACAAGAUCCCCGUCAAGUACCUGGAGUUCAUCUCAGAAGCCAUCAUCCAGGUCCUGCAGAGCAAGCAUCCCGGGGACUUCGGCGCCGACGCCCAGGCGGCCAUGAGGAAGGCCCUGGAGCUGUUCCGGAAUGACAUUGCUGCCAAGUACAAGGAGCUGGGGUUCCAGGGCUAAGCCCCCGGAUGCCCCCCCACCCCCACCCACUCGGGCCCCGGGACCUAGCGGCGGGUGGGCCUGGAUCUCCUGUAGCCAUGUAGUGUUUGCUUCUGAGUGUCUGCUUUGGUUAUGAGAGCUGGGUGGGAGAGGCGCAGGGGCUGGGCUAGGCUGUUCCGGUGGCUUCGCAGACCUGGGGACUGGGGUCCUUGUGGAGGGUCAUCAACCCGGGAACCCGGAGAUGUGCGGCCCUGGGCUCACAGUGGCCCGCGGCGUUCAGGUCCCACUGGCUUUGCCUUUCUCCUAAACUCCAACCCAAUUCCUCCAACCUCCAAACUCAACCACACCUUCACCCUCACCUCUAAUCCCAAAUCCAAGCCGUAAACCAAGGCCCGCCAUAAAGAUGCUCUGACCCAUCACUGCCCCGCCCCCCAACAUCCGUCUGCAGUGAGGAAGAGGUCUGCGCGGAGUGGGACAGCCACACCCGUCCCGAGAGAGGCAGCGGGGGUCUGGAACAUAAGUGUGCUUUCUCAGCGAAUGGUGUGACUCACCCGGUUUUAAUAAAAGACUUCGCAACAUCACA